AUGCAGCAAACUAUAACUCAUGAGAAGUUGGAGAGACGAAGGAAAAUCUCAGCACAUAAUAUCAUUCCUACUGUGGGAUUUGCUGUCACUCUUGGUCUGGUAAUAUAUUUUUUUAACGAUGGGAGUAAAGAAAAUAAAAUGUCUUUAUUAAACGAAAAAUUGCCGUACGCUCUACAUUUUGGUCAUCUCCUGGUAUUUGCUAUAUGGGUUGGCAUUCAGUUUUGGGUGCAUGUUUCAGGUUUCACAAUGUUUAAAACGUUAACGAGAAAUGCAUUUGCGCAAGUCCAAAGCAAAAUAUUUCCGUUGUACUUCAUGUCUGGCAUAGUAAUGAGUGCUAUUUCGCUUGUUACGCAUCUGUUUAUGUAUCCUAAGAACUCCUGGAAGAAUGAGAGUUUCUUUUUGUAUCAGGCGCUUGGUUUAUCAGUUUCCUUAUUGUGUUCACUUGUAAAUUACUUCUACCUCGGACCUGAGACAAUCCGAAUGAUGCUAAUCAAAGCUCAACGUGUAACGUUUCUCGGAAUCGAGGAUGAUGUGGGACCAAUUGCUCCAAAGCUCGUGGAACAUGAUCUCACAUACAAAGAAAUAAAGGAAAAGUUUAUUAAACUGCACGCAGCAUGUUCCAUCGUGAACAUGAUAUGUUUUGGUGCAUGUGGUGUUAACGUAUGGUGCUUGGCUUGUAAGCAAGUAUUAUGUUAG